AAGAAGAAGAAGAAGAAGAAGAAGAGGAAGAAGGAGUAGUACCAGCUAACGAUAGAGUUUUGGUACCACUCAGAGAACGUUCUCAGAUCGAACAGUCCGGAGUUUAGAGCCGUUCGAGCUAUCGCGGACUCGACAUUCCAUCGGCCAAAAGCUCGUUCUUCGUUAGCUCGCUCGCUCGCUCGUUCUCUCUCUUUCUCUAUCAUUCUCUCUCUUUCUUUGUCUUUUUCUUUCUCUCUUGUGUGUGUGUGUGUGUCGUUUAAUAAAAAGCAUCUCUCAAUCGGCUGGGGCACCGAGGCAACCCUCUCGUUGCCACGUACACACACCCACCCACUUACACGUCUCUCUUCACAUACAUUACCACAUACAUUGACAUCACUCGAGUUUCCUUAACCAACCGCAAACAUGUCCGACGACGAGGAACAAUACUCCAGCGAGGAGGAGGUCGAGGAAGUAAGGCAGCCGGAGAAGAAGAUCGAGGGUAGGGCGUCCCAAAAGGACUCCGGGGAGAAUAUCGAGUUUAUGAAGAGGCAAGAACAGAAGAGAAGCGAUCUCGAUGAACAACUUAAGGAAUACAUCGCGGAAUGGAGAAAGCAGAGAGCCAAGGAAGAAGAGGAACUUAAACGUCUCAAGGAGAAACAAGCUAAACGCAAGAUCACCCGUGCCGAUGAAGAAAAGAGAUUGGCUCAGAAGAAGAAGGAAGAGGAGGAACGUCGUCAACGUGAAAUUGAGGAAAAGAAACAACGUGACAUUGAGGAAAAGAGACGACGCCUCGAGGAGUCUGAAAAGAAACGUCAGGCUAUGAUGCAAGCGAUGAAGGACCAAGCAAACAAGAAAGGACCUAACUUUACCAUUACGAAGAAGGACCUUGGGGGUAAUCUCUCAUCGGCUCAAUUGGAACGUAACAAGACGAAGGAACAACUGGAAGAAGAGAAAAAGAUAUCUUUGAGUAUCCGCAUUAAACCAUUAGAAAUCGAGGGUCUAUCGAUCGACAAACUCCGUUUCAAAGCCACCGAACUCUGGGAUACUAUCGUUAAAUUAGAAACUGAGAAGUACGAUCUCGAGGAGAGACAAAAACGUCAGGAUUACGAUCUUAAAGAAUUGAAGGAACGUCAGAAACAACAAUUGAGGCACAAGGCUUUGAAAAAAGGUUUAGAUCCUGAAGCUCUUACUGGCAAAUAUCCUCCGAAGAUCCAAGUUGCCUCGAAAUACGAACGUCGCGUCGAUACUAGGUCCUACGACGACAAGAAGAAACUUUUCGAGGGUGGUCUGACCGAACAGCAAAAGGAGAUCAUAGAAAAGCAGUGGACCCAACAGAAGGAACAGUUCCUUGGUCGUCAAAAGACGAAGUUACCGAAAUGGUUCGGCGAGAGGCCCGGCAAGAAAGCUGGCGAUCCAGAAUCACCGGAGGGCGAAGAGGACGUAAAGGCCGCGGCCGAUGACGAUCUCGAGGAGCCACAAUUCGAUGAAGAAGAAGAGGAAGAGGAGGAGGAGGAGGGUGAGGAGAAGGAGGAAGAGGAAGAAGAGGAAGAAGAAGAAGAAGAAGAGGAAGAGGAGGAAGAAGAAGAGGAGGAGGAAGAAGAAGAAUAAAA